AUGUCUAUCACAAAGAUCCACGCUCGCCAGAUCUUCGACUCCAGAGGUAACCCCACCGUCGAGGUCGACCUCUACACCGCCAAGGGUCUAUUCCGCGCAUCGGUGCCGUCUGGUGCCUCCACCGGUGUGCACGAAGCCGUCGAGCUUCGAGAUGGCGACAAGUCUGCAUACGUCGGAAAGGGCGUGUCCAAGGCGGUCGCAAACGUGAACACGGUCAUCGCCCCCGCGCUGAUCAAAGCCGGCCUGAAGGUGACCGCGCAAAAGGAGGUCGACGAUUUCCUCAUCAAGCUCGACGGCACCCCGAACAAGGGCAAGCUUGGUGCAAACGCGAUUCUCGGUGUCAGCAUCGCUGUUGCCCAGGCCGGCGCCGCGGAGAAGGGCGUGCCCCUCUACGAGCACCUCGCCAACCUCUCUGGCGUGAAGCCUCCAUACGUCCUCCCAACCCCCUCCUUCAACGUCAUCAAUGGCGGCUCGCACGCCGGCAACAAGCUCGCAUUCCAGGAGUUCAUGAUCCUUCCCACUGGCGCGACAUCCUUCGCUGAGGCGAUGAAGAUCGGCACCGAGACUUACCACACCCUCAAGAAGGUCAUCAGCGCCAAGUACGGUAUCGAUGCCGUCAACGUUGGCGACGAGGGAGGCUUUGCUCCGAAUGUCUCCGGCGCCGAGGAGUCGCUGGAGCUGCUCUCGGAAGCGAUCAAGAAGGCCGGGUACGAAGGGAAGGUCAAAAUCGCCCUCGACGUUGCGUCGUCCGAGUUUUACAAGGACGGCAAGUACGAUUUGGACUUCAAGAACCCGAACUCGGACCCGACCAAGUGGAUCACGGGCGUGCAGCUCGCGGACCUCUACGUCGGCUACGUUAAGAAGUACCCCAUCAUUUCCAUUGAGGACCCCUUCGACCAGGAUGACUGGGAGGCGUGGGCGCACUACACCGCCAAGAGCGGCAUCCAGAUCGUCGGCGACGACUUGACCGUGACAAACCCACUCCGCAUCAAGACUGCCAUCGAGAAGAAGGCGUGCAACGGUCUUUUGCUAAAGGUCAACCAAAUCGGCACCAUCUCUGAGUCGAUCCAGGCUGCCCAGCUCGCGCAGUCAGACGGCUGGGGUGUCAUGGUCUCCCACCGCAGCGGCGAGACAGAGAACACGCUCAUCGCGGACCUCGUCGUCGCGCUCGGUGUCGGUCAGAUCAAGACUGGUGCCCCCGCGCGGAGCGAGCGUGUCGCGAAAUACAACGCUCUCUUGCGCAUAGAGGAGGAGAUUGGCAACGGCGUGUACGCGGGCGAGAAGGGCUUCUCUGCAGGCCACACUGCGCCGGCGCUCCUCAAGAAGUAG